AUGCUCUCCCGGGACGCCCAAGAGCGUCGCGAUGCUCUCCCCGGACGCCCCAGAGCGUCGCUAUGCUCUCCCCGGACGCCCCAGAGCGCCGCGAUGCUCUCCCCGGACGCCCCAGAGCAUCGCGAUGCUCUCCUCGGACGCCCCAGAGCGUCGCGAUGCUCUCCCCGGAGGCCCCAGAGCGUCGCGAUGCUCUCCCCGGACGCCUCAGAGCGUCGCGAUGCUCUCCCCGGACGCCCCAGAGCAUCGCGAUGCUCUCCCCGGACGCCCCAGAGCGUCGCGAUGCUCUUCCCCGACGCCCCAGAGCGUCGCGAUGCUCUACCCGGACGCCCCAGAGCGUCGCGAUGCUCUCCCCGGACGCCCCAGAGCGUCGCUAUGCUCUCCCCGGACGCCCCAGAGCGUCGCGAUGCUCUCCCCGGACGCCCCAGAGAGUCGCUAUGCUCUCCCCUGACGCCCCAGAGCGUCGCGAUGCUCUCCCCGGACGCCCCAGAGCGUCGCGAUGCUCUCCCCGGACGCCCCAGAGCGUCGCUAUGGUCUUCUCGGACGCCCCAGACCGUCGCGAUGCUCUCCCCGGACGCCCCAGAGCUUCACGAUGCUCUCCCCGGACGCCCCAGAGCGUUGCUAUGCUCUCCCCGGACGCCCCAGAGCGUCGCGAUGCUCUCUCCGGAAGCCCCAGAGCGUCGCGAUGCUCUCCCCGGACGCCCGAGAGCGUCGCGAUGCUCUCCCCGGAAGCCCCAGAGCGUCGCGAUGCUCUCCCCGGAAGCCCCAGAGCGUCGCGAUGCUCUCCCAGGACGCCCUAGAGCGUCGCUAUGCUCUCCCCGGACGCCCCAGAGCGUCGCGAUGCUCUCCCCGGACGCCCCAGAGCAUCGCGAUGCUCUCCUCGGACGCCCCAGAGCGUCGCGAUGCUCUCCCCGGACGCCCCAGAGCGUCGCGAUGCUCUCCCCGGACGCCCCACAGCGUCGCGAUGCUCUCCCCAGACGCCCCAAAGCGUCGCGAUGCUCUCCCCGGACGCCCCAGAGCAGCGUCGCGAUGCUCUCCCCGGACGCCCCAGAGCGUCGCGAUGCUCUCCCCGGACGCCUGAGAGCGUCGCGAUGCUCUCCCCGGAAGCCCCAGAGCGUCGCGAUGCUCUCCCGGGACGCCCAAGAGCGUCGCGAUGCUCUCCCCGGACGCCCCAGAGCGUCGCUAUGCUCUCCCCGGACGCCCCAGAGCGCCGCGAUGCUCUCCCCGGACGCCCCAGAGCAUCGCGAUGCUCUCCUCGGACGCCCCAGAGCGUCGCGAUGCUCUCCCCGGAGGCCCCAGAGCGUCGCGAUGCUCUCCCCGGACGCCCCUGAGCGUCGCGAUGCUCUCCCCGGACGCCCCAGAGCGUCGCGAUGCUCUCCCCGGAAACCCCUGAGCGUCGCGAUGCUCUCCCCGGACGCCCGAGAGCGUCGCGAUGCUCUCCCCGGAAGCCCCAGAGCGUCGCGAUGCUCUCCCCGGACGCCCCAGAGCGUCGCGUUGCUCUCCCCGGACGCCCCAGAGCGUCGUGAUGCUCUCUCCGGACGCCCCAGAGCGUUGCUAUGCUCUCCCCGGACGCCCCAGAGCGUCGCGAUGCUCUCCCCGGACGCCCUAGAGCGUCGCGAUGCUCUCCCCGGACGCCCCAGAGCGUCGCUAUGCUCUCCGCGGACGCCCCAGAGCGUCGCGUUGCUCUCCCCGGACGCCCCAGAGCGUCGUGAUGCUCUCUCCGGACGCCCCAGAGCGUUGCUAUGCUCUCCCCCGGACGCCCUAGAGCGUCGCGAUGCUCUCCCCGGACGCCCCAGAGCGUCGCGAUGCUCUCCCCGAACGCCCCAGAGCGUCGCGAUGCUCUCCCCGGACGCCCCAGAGCGUCGUGAUGCUGUCCCCGGACGCCCCAGAGCGUCGCAAUGCUCUACCCGGAUGCCCCAGAGCGUCGUGAUGCUCUCUCCGGACGCCCCAGAGCGUCGCGAUGCUCUCCCCGGAAGCCCCAGAGCGUCGCGAUGCUCUCCCCGGACGCCUGAGAGCGUCGCGAUGCUCUCCCCGGAAGCCCCAGAGCGUCGCGAUGCUCUCCCGGGACGCCCAAGAGCGUCGCGAUGCUCUCCCCGGACGCCCCAGAGCGUCGCUAUGCUCUCCCCGUACGCCCCAGAGCGCCGCGAUGCUCUCCCCGGACGCCCCAGAGCAUCGCGAUGCUCUCCUCGGACGCCCCAGAGCGUCGCGAUGCUCUCCCCGGAGGCCCCAGAGCGUCGCGAUGCUCUCCCCGGACGCCUCAGAGCGUGGCGAUGCUCUCCCCCGGACGCCCCAGAGCAUCGCGAUGCUCUCCCCGGACGCCCCAGAGCGUCGCGAUGCUCUUCCCCGACGCCCCAGAGCGUCGCGAUGCUCUACCCGGACGCCCCAGAGCGUCGCGAUGCUCUCCCCGGACGCCCCAGAGCGUCGCUAUGCUCUCCCCGGACGCCCCAGAGCGUCGCGAUGCUCUCCCCGGACGCCCCAGAGAGUCGCUAUGCUCUCCCCUGA